GUAUUUAUGAGCAGUUAGCCUGGUAUAGCUAUAUUUGUUCCAAUUUCUAAAUUUCUGGUGCAUUCACUGUUUCUUUAGUUACCUUAGCCUUUUGUCUCAAAAUGUAGGUCGCAUUUUUUAAAAAAAAAAUUCUGAAGAUCUGUUUCAGUCAGAAGAAGUGGUUUCCUGCAUCAUUUCUUAUUUUUCAAUAAUAGUUUGCAGUGUUUAUCUAACUUGUAUGAAGAAAAGGGUUUUAUGUAUAAUGGAUUUUUAGAUAAUAUUUCUGCUGGCACUGGAUUUAUGUUUGGAAUGGUCAAUGCUACUCAUUGUUGGUCUAGAAUUUUAAGAAAUACGUGGAAAUCAAUUAAAAGAACAAUAGUUUGAGGAAUUUGGUGUCUUACAAGAAAGACAGGUCACGGAGUUGACUGGAACAUGUAGCAGUAAUAAGACUAUUAGAGGCUCUCGUGGAGUGGAAGUCUGGAGGAUAUAAAUGAAGCAUUCUUGUUGCUUUGGAGAAAGGAAUCGAGACCAUCUACAUUAUUGCUUAAUGCCUUGGAAAGCAGAGAUCUGAACUGGUAGAGGUGAUGAUAAAGCAUAGUUGUUGACUUAGCUUGCCUUAGCUAUUUCUUUAAGCUAAGGGAAAUAAUAAUUGGUGUUAUGGCAUUUAGAAAUAUGGUAUGCACUCCCCAAGUAAUUGAUCUCGCAUCUGAGAGAGGGCAAGCUCGUGGAGGCAAUGGUGACAUAUCCGAUCAAGGUGCGCAACAUGCUGUCAGAGUUGUAGGAAACACGACAAACAUUGGUCUCUCUGAUAUGCGAAGUUACUAUGAUGUGAACAUGAAUCAUCAGCAUCAGCCUGUUCAUAACUCACCCCUGAAUUUAGGUGUUGAUUCUGGUUUUGUCUUUGCAUCAACUAUGUACAAUCCCUGCAUGUCGUCAACAUCUAUGAACAGAUAUGCUUCUCAUGGUCAGAGCUUUGGAUCGGGGAAUUUACCAUUGCCUUUAAACCAAGUCCCAGGAAGUAUGGAUGAGAGUGGCAGAAAUGACGAUGUUAGUGAAAGUGCUAGAGGACAUAUUAAAAGGAAAAAUGCUGCAGUUGCAGGAAGUUAUCAUUUUGUUAAUGGAUUUGCAAGCUCAAGCUCAUCUUCUCAUGCACCACAAAAUCCUACACUUAGGCCUUGGGAUCCUUAUUUUGAAUCAAAUGUUUCACCUAACGUUGUACCGUUCAACCCAUCAGAAUAUCACAGCCACAGCAGUUGGCCAUCCUCGGAAGGAUCUUCCAUAACUGGAACUAAUGGGUUCAGCUCAAUGGCUGUGCACCGAGAAUCAGCACAGCGUGGCAACUAUACAUUUCCAACAACUCACAUUGGCCAUGCAUGGAUGUUCCAGGCUGCAAAUGGUAUUGCUGAUGGAGUUCCCUACGUCAGUGCAACUACUAAUGUUCAAGCAGGCAGAUUUGCCCAUUCAGGAGCCACUGAAAUGGUAAACGGAGGCUUUCAUGAAUAUCAGAAUGGCCCUUCAACUGUUUGUCAAGGACCUGUACCUUAUUUUCAUCAGCAUGCGAUGCAUGGCAUGCAAGCUCAUAAUCUCCUCGAUCAUACUCAAAUGCAAGUCCCUUACCAACAAUGCCACAAUAACGGUGUCUUGCAUGGUGGUGUUAAUUAUUCAGGGAACCGUCUCCACUUAGGUCCACAAAUUCCAGUUCUCUUCACAAAUUCUGAGCGUACUUUUGGGCCUCCACAGCAUCCGGUCCUGGCAAAUCCAGUUAACCACCGGAACAUAAGGAUUGUGCCACCUGAGCAUUCCACAAUAAUGGAUUUUUCGAGAUUGUAUGAGGUGUCAAAUGUUGUAGAUGAGCAUAGAGAUAUGCGGCUAGACAUAGACAGCAUGUCGUAUGAGGAGCUUUUAGCAUUAGAAGAGCGGAUUGGGGAUGUCAAUACUGGUCUGACAAAAAAUCACAUUUUAAACAAAUUAAGGACCAGCUUAUAUGUGCCAGGAACAUCCAGCAUGGCUGAUCAGUCAUCUAAAUCUUCUCUGGAGAAUGAUGCUUGCAUAAUAUGCCAGGAGGAGUACCAGGUUAAAGAUUGCAUUGGAACCCUUGAUUGUGGCCACAGGUACCAUGCGGAGUGCGUAAAGCAGUGGCUGACAGUAAAGAACUUAUGCCCCAUCUGCAAGACAACAGCAUUGUCUGCCGAUAGAAGAAAUGGACAAUGAGCAGGAAUAAGCUUGUUAGUUAUUUGCUUCGAUAAACAUUCAGCUCAAUUUUGUAUAUAAGAAGUGGUAGACAAUGGUGCUACCUGUAUUUGUUGUUCACUUUGUUGUGAUCGGGAGUACUCAGCUUCCUGAAACUGUACAGCCAUAACAUUUUAUCAGUUUCUUCAAAUGUAGAAUAUUCUAAAUUGCUCAGUUCGCCGCACAUGUGUAUGAUAAGGCCAACCCCCCAAAAUUCUUUCAUAAUGGCAUUUCUAGGCAACCUUGUAUCUAUUGAGUUGGUUCGGGAAA